UUCUCUAGCUAGAGAAACAGACCUCAGAGCUUGAUUUCACUGGCAGUACAGAGCGAACCAGAGACAGAGCACCUCUCUCUGAGAAAUAUCAGUAGGAAUCAGAGCAAGUGAAACAACGAAAAUAACAAAACCAGCUGCAGUUUUUUUAAAUACAGGAAGAUUUCCUUUAACAUUCCUAAAGAACAACCUAUUGCUAUCAUCUUUUAAUUCAUUGGUUGAGUGCAGAAUAUAUAGAUAUAUUUAUAAAACAAAAGAGCACGAACAAUCAGCAGAACAAACAAAAAAAGGCUGCUGAUUUAUAUCUGAAUCCUUCUUCUCUCAUCCCAGAGCUGCCAUUGCUCUGGUGAUUCCCUUCUCAGAGUUUAUCUGAAAAAACAAUAUUGAUUGUUUGUAGAAGAAUGGCAGCUGCCAAGACGGAGAUGCUUCUAUCCCCUCUGCAAAUAUCAGAUCCUCUGUGCAAUUUCCCCCACUCCCCAAUGGAUAACUACCCGAAGCUGGAAGAGAUGAUGCUGCUCAAUCCAGCAGGGACACAGUUUCUGAGUCCCUCUGUACCGGAGAACACUGGCUUUGGCUCAGGGGAACCUGGAGAUCAAUAUGAACACCUGACUGGAGAUACAUUUACUGAUAUCUCCAUGAAUGGUGACAAGUCAUUGGUUGAGCCAAGUUACCCCAACCAGACCUGCAGGCUGCCUCCAAUCUCCUACACUGGGCGCUUCACUCUGGAACCUGCAAACUGCAGCAACAGCCUGUGGGCAGAACCUUUCUUCAGCCUGGUCAGUGGACUGAUGGGAAUGGCAAACUCACCCACCACCUCCACUCCAUCCUCACCCCCCUCAUCCUCAGCAUCCCAGAGUCCUGCCAUGAGCUGCUCCAUCCAGCACAGUGAGCCCAACCCCAUCUAUUCAGCAGCUCCAACCUACUCCAGCGCCAGCACUGACAUCUUCUCUGACCAGUCCCAGACCUUCUCCAGCCAGGUCAGCAGCUCCAUCCAGUACCCUCCACCAGCGUACCCCAUCACCAAGACUGGCACCACAAACUUUUCAGUGCCCAUGAUCCCAGACUACCUCUUCCCACAGCAGCAAGCCGACAUCUGCUUGGACCAGAAACCCUUCCAGAACCUGGAGAACCGAAACCCACAGCCUUCCCUCACGCCUCUGUCCACCAUCAAGGCCUUUGCCACCCAGACAGGUUCUCAAGACCUGAAGAACGCCUAUCAGUCCCAGCUGAUCAAGCCCAGCAGAAUGAGAAAAUACCCGAACCGCCCCAGCAAGACCCCUCCCCACGAGAGGCCCUACGCUUGCCCCGUGGAGACCUGCGACAGGAGGUUCUCCCGCUCCGAUGAGCUGACCAGACACAUCCGUAUUCACACAGGGCAGAAGCCCUUCCAAUGCCGCAUCUGCAUGAGGAACUUCAGCCGCAGCGACCACCUGACCACCCACAUCCGCACUCACACCGGGGAAAAGCCCUUUGCCUGCGAAAUCUGCGGCCGCAAGUUCGCUCGCAGUGACGAGAGGAAGAGGCACACCAAGAUCCACCUGCGGCAGAAGGAGAAGAAGGCGGAGAAGGUAAUUCCCGUCUCGGCUCAGUCUCCAGUCUCCAGCUACCCCUCCCCAAUAACGUCCUACCCCUCUCCAGUCUCCUCAUACCACUCUCCAGUACCCUCCUGCUACUCCUCUCCCAUGCACAACUCCUACCCCUCCCCAUCAGUGGCUACCUCCUACUCCUCAGUAACCACCCCCUUCCAGACCCAGGGAGCCUCUACCUUCCCCACAAACAUUUACAGCUCACCUGUCGCCACUCCCCUGUCAGAUAUGCAGUCAACUCUCUCUCCAAGGACAAUUGAAAUCUGCUAAGACUUUUGCACCAUCAAACAAAUGAUCAAAUGACUUUUCCACACACAGUUUCCGUGUGCAAUCUUAAGGUACCCGAAGAGUAAAGGUUAGGACUAUUAAAAAAAACACACACACACAAAAACCUCAGAGAAAAUGAGUACAAAUGGAUUUCUACAUAAUCAGCACUUCAGAAAGAAGUGUUUCAAAUGACUUUAAAGAGCAACUGGCACUUCAAGCUUGAGAUCUUUAGACCUUUCCAAAAAAAAAGGGACUUCAUCCUAAUCACAGUCAAUACCUAAAGUCUUAACACUCUCUUGCCCCAACUCAAGGACAGUCUACAGAUCUGAGACAAUCAGAUCAACCACGAAAAGACUUUGAUAAUAUACAUAAACUAUAUGUAUAUUGUACAUGUGCCAUGUUACGUUUAUCAUUCUUUGGUACUAUUGAUGUGAAAACUUAUUUGCAUAUCUACAUUGUAUUAUUUGAAGUUAGCAGGGCCAUAUUUUAUAAAUAUUUUUCUCUUUUCUGUCGUGUCGAUGCUGUGAUGAGUUUUGAAUUUGUUUGAAAAGCACUUAAGUAUUCAAAGCAUGUGUAGGAGUGAUGUUCCUCUAUAUAUUAUUUUGUAAAUAUCACCCACUGCUACUCUCACAUGUGGCAAGAAAAAAAAAAAAAAAAGUUCUGUUUUAAAAGUUUUCAAACGUUUCGGUGCCUUUUGUGAAGCCUUGUUGACGUUUUGACACAUACAGUUGUGUAAAUGGAUGCUUUGCAUCUAGCCUUAAGGUGAAAGGGAUUUUUUUUACAGAAUGUAAAAGGGAUUUCAAGAGAUGGAACAAUGACAAAAAGAAUGAUUUGAAGGCACAGCUUCAUUUGUUUAGAAUGUAAGCAAAAAAUCUGAAAAGUAUAUUUUUGUAACUAAAAUGUAAAUAUCUCUAUAUAUUCAGGAGUUGGAAUGUAGUUACCUACUGAGUAGGCAUGGAUCUUGUAUGUUAUUAACAUGCAGUCAUUAUUUUGUGGUUAUUUUUAUUUUGUAAUUGUGUUUGUUAAACUAAGUGACUGUUUCUGGCUUCAAAACACAUUGAAUGCGCUUUACAGCCAAUGGGAUAUUUGGUGUACAAGAUAUCCUUACAGAGAAGAAAUAUAAAUGGAAUAAAAAUAUAAAUAUAUAUCA